UAACCAAAAAAUAUAAACCCACCCUCAUUUUGGGCCAAUAUUUUCAGAUUAUCAACAUCCUUUUCCUUAGCAGAGAUCGAAAUUUGAACUCAAUUUGAAGAGCUUAAAGUUAUCCCCAUUUUGGUGCUGACGGAUAAAGUUGCCCAAGAUUGCACAUUAAAACAGUUUACCCAGCUGGCCAAUGAGGAACAAGUCUAAAGAUGUUUUGAUCCUAGUGCAAGAUAGGGGUCAAAGAAGACAUGGAUACAUAAAGAAGUGCUCAAACCCAUUGAAAGAGACUACAAUGAAAAAUUCUCGGAGGGUUGACUAGUAUGACAAGGAUAACCUUUUCUGAUUCAGAGGGAGAAAUCACAGCGAUAAGAUGAUGAAGAGUUAGGAUUGAUAAAGUUUAACAGGUAAUAAAGACCUAGGAUAUCAUUGUAUCCAAUUUGGAUUUCUAUCUGCACCAGUGACUCCAUCUUAGAACAAUUUCUUUAAGAUCUUGUUGUUCUCUAGAUGGAUCGACAAAAGCGUUUUCUACUCCUCCAGCUUGUUCCCAAAAUUCACUACCUUUCUUUCCAUCUUCUCUGUUGCCACUGCAGCUUUCCUCACAUUUCCUUUCUGCUCUCCCAGAAACCUCGUUUACCAGAGGAUGUUCUUUUUAAGUAAAUUGUGGCUUUUGCUCUUUACAGUGAUGUAGUGUUAGCAUAUGGGUUAGGAUAUUGGCAACUAUUUGUGAUCCUUAGGCUAUAAAAAUGAUUUUAAGAAGAAUUUUGAUGAACAAGUUCUAAAUUCUCAGAAAUUACUUUUCACUAAACUCGAGAUCUUCCUUGAUUUUUCUGGGAGCCUUCAUGAUCCAAUAUAUUUCCUAGAAAGUGCAAGAGCAAGGAGUGCAAUACACAAAUUACACAAGAGGUUCUGUUGGGAACGUACUUCUUGUAGUGAGUUAGUU